AGCAACAGCAGCUCCUCUGGAAGUUAGAGCUCCCUGGAUUUCUGCAGCAAUGUCCCACAGGAAAAUGCCCCUGGCUCUCUCUCUGGUCCUCAUCCUCUGUGGCCUCCUUAUUAGCACCUGCUGUGAAACUGAACGAAGAUCUAAAUGGAAUAUUUACCCAGUCUCAUCAUGGAAAAUGUCACCUGUCCACCACAACAUAGAAGCAGGCAAUAAGGCUUUCGCCCACAAACUGUUUGAAACUCUGCUAAUGGAGCAUCCCAGAAAGAAUAUCAUCUUCUCCCCUCUGAGUAUCUCCACCUCCUUGGCCAUGCUUUCCCUGGGGACCAGAUCCACAACACUCACCAACCUCCUCAAGGGCCUUGGAUUUGACCUCAAAGUCAUGAGGGUGUGGGACAUGCACCAUGGUUUCCAGAGUAUCGUCCAGAUGCUGAAGCAGCUGAACAGAGAGGGACACCUGAAGUACAAGGACAUGCUCUUUAUCGAUAGCAACAGGAAGAUCAACACCCCAUUUCUGUGGGAUACAGAGCGGAUAUAUGAUGUGAAGGCCCAGAUGAUUGACUUUAGAGAUGUAAGAAAGACCAAGAAGCAAAUUAACCACUUUGUGGCUGCAAAAAUGCACAAGGGAACCAAGGGAUUCAUCACCUCUUUGAACCCUCAUACCUUCCUGUUUCUUAUAAACUACGUUUUCUUCAAAGGCAUUUGGAAAAUGGAUUUUCAUACCAACUUCAUGCACAAGGAGGACUUCUUUGUGGAUGAGUGCACCACAGUGCGGGUGGACAUGAUGUGGAAGAAGGAACACAUGAUUUAUAGCAGAUCGGAGAAGCUGUUUACUACAAUGGUCAAAAUGCCUUUCAUUGGAAACAUGUCCAUAGUCCUUAUGCUCCCAGAUGUAGGACAGCCCGACCCUUCUGUAGAAGAGAUGGUUGUUCAAAGAGCUACACUUCUGAAAUCCAGUGGCAUGAGAUGGGUGCACAUAAUUAUGCCCAAGUUCAAGAUCUCCUCCAAGAUAAACUUGAAAAAAAUGCUUCCCAAGAUGGGCAUCAGCAAUGUGUUUACUACAGCAGCAAACUUCUCGGGCAUCACAGAGGAGAAUUUCCCAGCUAUUUUUGAGGCGAUACAUGCAGCCACAAUUGAGGUGAGCGAGGAAGGCAAGAUGGACAUGGCCUCCAGGAACGCCAUCCCCUAUCACACACAUACUGCAGCUCCCUUUGUCGUGAAGUUCAACAGACCCUUCUUCCUGUUUGUGGAGGAUUGGAUGACUCAACGAGCAAUCUUCAUGGGCAAGGUCUUCAACCCCAUAGCUGAGUAGAGAUGGGGCUGGGCUCUGCAGAGCUGGAAUUCAGCUGCUCCUGAAUAAAGGGAA